AUGAAUAAAAUAUAAUUCCACUCAUUAUAGGUCAAAGCAACAAAAUUAGAAUUCACAAUUCCAAAACCUCCAUUGAAUUAUAUUGUAAAAUAAGUUCAUCGUUUAAAAUAUGCGAUAUAGAGUAGAAAAGAUGCUGAACUUAUUAUGGAUUAGAUAAAUUUUAUAAUUGAAUUGCUGAUUUCAGGAUAGGUAUAAUAAAUAUAAGAAAUUUUAGUUUGGUACACCUUCAUUGACUUAUUUAAAUGAAUUACGUAAUACAUUAAGAUCGACAAUAAAUUCGUUUGAUUAAGAUUAAUUAGGUUGUGUUUUAGCAAAUAUGGAGACAUUAAAAAAGCAGACAAGUUAAGAUUAUCUAAAAGGAUUUAAAAAGGGUAGCUCUAGGAAUUUAAAAAUUGCAAAUUAACUUUAAAAGUAUACUAUUAAUAAUAAUGAUUGUAGAAUCUAGAAAAGAGUACUUUCAGUAAUAAGAAAUGUGUAUGCUCAGUUUGUGUUGUUUUGGUUGGAUGAACAUUAACCAGAACAAAGUACAGCAUUACGUAGUAAGCGUGUAUUUGUAGAAACUAAAACGUAUAAUAAAAUAAUCAUUAAUUAAUUAAAAUAGACUAAUACAAAGUAAAUUAAAAGAAUUAGAUUUAGAAAAGCAUAAUAAAAUAGUGUGUCGAAUCUGUGAGUAACUAAUAGAAGUAGAGAUAAUGGCAGCUCAUUGUAUUACAUGUGAGAAAAAAGCAGAAUAAAGCAAAAAAUUAUUAUAACUUAAUUUAUAAUUAGCGGAUGCUUCUUAAUCAGCAUAUAAAUUAAAACAUGAUGUUUAAAUUAAAUUGGGUAAAUUGAGUUUAUAAGAAUAAAAGUAAAAUAGAUAAAAAUUGAAAAAAUAAGAAGAAGAAAAAAAACCCUUAAGAUCACUUCGAAGAACUCAUACUAUUCAUUUAGAAGACAACAAACUUUUAUAAGAAGAAGAAGAAAAGAAUAAAGCUAAGAAAUAAUUGGCUUUUAUAAAUUAGGUAAUGACAACUAUUGUAAAUUAUACUGAAAAGGUUUUAAAUAGUAAUACAAAUAAUGAAGAUAAUAAGUGUAUAUUUAAUAUAUUAUUUUAGUAAAUCGAAUUACAUUUGAUGAAUUAACAGAAGCUAAAUGUAAUUUAGAAAAUGACGAAAAAAAUGAGGAAGUACUUUAAAUAAUUGAUAAAGCUCGAUCUUGUAUGUAUGAUAGAAUGGAAUACUUUAAAAUAAUUUAAAAUUUAGAAUCAUAACAAAUAUAAGAAAGUUAAAAGAUUUAACAUAAAACUGAGAUUGAUUUAAAAUAAAAAUAUAAGAAUUCAAAUUCAAGUUCAUUUAGGGUUUCUAAAUUUAAUAAUGUUACAACAACAAGUUAAUCAAAACUAAAAAGAAAUGAUACAAUAUAUGAAGAAGACGAUGAUUUUGUUUGUUAAACACCAAAAAAUACAAACAACAGCAAGAAUAAAAAGAAUGUUAUGAUAAUGUCUUUAAUUAAGUAAAUAAUAAUAAUGAUUAUUAGUAAAGAUAAAUUUAAUACAAACAAUGUUGGAAGUUUUAAUGAAAUUAAUAGAAGAGAUAGUUUAACAACUAUGACUAUGUCUAGAUCUUAGGUGCUUGGUAAUAAUUAAAUAAAAAGAACAUUUUUAUCUAAAAAUAAUUCUGAAGAACAUCCAUAAUAAUAAUCUAAUCCAGAUUCUAAAAUAUUAGAUAGGAUAGUUAAUCUAUCUAAUUCUUCAGAUACAUUAAUCAGCCCUAAAUCUAAUAAGCCUUCUAUAUUUCGAAGGGCUUAAUCUCCUACAGCUGUUGAUACAGUCAUUGAAUCUUCUAAUUAAUCCCCUACAGGAAGGGUAGGAUCUUCUGACUUUUAAGAUGAGACUCCUAGAAAUUAAAAGAUUUGCUCUUUUGCUGAUUUUGCAUAAUGUGAUUCAGAUUUAGAAAUUCCUAUUAAAAAAUAAUAAGUUCCAUCUAUAGGUCUUGGUAGACAAGUAGAUUCAAUUGAAGAAAUAUAAAAAGAUAAAGAACCAAUUGCUUCAAAUUCACUUGAAAAUAUUAAAUGUUGCGAAUCUGAUUAAGAAAUAAAUUAAAUUUAGAUUUCUAAAAAUGACUCUAAUUAAGAGAUGAAACAAUCAUCAUAAAAUAGUCUGAAAAAUAGUGGCAGAAAUAUGAUGAUGAAAGGUAGUAGAAAAAUGCAUAUAAAUAUUAAUUAAUAAGAAUAAUAGAAACCAUUGCAUAUUGAAUUAGGUGCAAGAAUAGAAACAGAGUAAAUCAUAGAAGAAUCACCUAAUUCAACUUCACCAUAAAAAAUACAAAAUUAAGCUUAGAGUCCUAAAAGUUCAUCCUCCAGUUAAAAAUAAAAUAAUUAAUAAUAGGAUGAAAUUGAAUUUGAUUAAUCUUUAAUAAAACCAAGAAAGAGUUUAUUUUAUCCAUAAAAUUCUAGAAAUAGUAAUAUGAAAUAAAGCAUGGCUAUUGAUACUUAAAAAACUAAAUAAUCUUAUGAUUUUGAAGUCAUUACAGUUGACAGAGGUUAUAAUUCAGAUUCUGAAUUAGUUAGUAUUAAUGCUGAAAAAACGAAUUAAUCUUAAGAAAUAGGCCUUAAAGAUUUUGAAUUUAUUAAACCCCUUGGAUAAGGAGCUUUUGGAUGGGUGUUUUUAGUUAAAAAGAAAACUUCAGGGGAUCUUUAUGCUAUGAAAAUUAUUGACUGUUCAUAAAAAGUAAAUUUUUUUUUAAUUAUUAAAAGUAAUUGGAAACUUAAUUAGAUACUUUAAAAGCUGAAAGAAACAUUUUUGAAAUAUUAUCUGGUGAUUUUGUAGUUAAAGCAUACUAUUCAUUUAGUCAUGAAUAAAAUUUAUGUUUUGUUUAAGAAUAUAUGGUAGGAGGAGAUUUUUCUCACAUACUCAAAAUGUAUACGGUAUAUAUUAUUAUUAUUUUUAGGCUCUAGAUGAGGAAUAUGUAAGACAUUAUAUUGCGGAAGUAGUUUUGGCUUUAGAAUAUUUAAGAUCAAAAAAUAUUGUUCAUAGAGAUUUAAAACCAGAUAAUAUUCUAUUAGAUAAAUAAGGUCAUGCUAAAUUGGCUGAUUUUGGAUUAUCAGAAGUUGGUUUUAAUAAUAGAUUGAAAUUAAAAUUGAGAUAAUAAGAUAUUGAAUCGUAAGAUUAUUCAUUUAUUUUAAGAAAUACUAUACCUGAAUUUGCUGAUCAUAACGACCCAUAAUAUGAUACUGUUUUUGAUUUAAAAUUAGCUUAAGUAUAACCAGUUAUUAGAGCAAGCAUAUAAAAUUAUAGUAGUAAAAAUAAAAGAAUUGUUGGAACUCCAGAUUAUAUAGCUCCAGAAGUUUUAAAAGGGGAAUCCUUAACUAAUAGCAGUUUAGAUUAUUGGAGUUUAGGAGUAAUAAUGUAUGAAAUGCUAUGUGGUAUUCCACCAUUUAAUGAUGAUUCUGUUGAAAAGAUUUUUGAUAAUAUUUUAAACUAUAGAAUUGAAUGGCCAAAUGUAAGUGAUAUUGAAGAAGAAAGUAUAUCUCAUAAUGCUUAUGAUCUUAUGUGUCAAUUAAUGGAACCAGAUUAUACUAAAAGAAUUGGACAUUAAGAUAUUAAUGAAAUUAAAAAUCAUCCUUUUUUUGAAGGUAUUAAUUGGAAUACUAUACUUUCAAUGCCUGGUUUAAUUGUACCUAAAAUGGUAUUAAAAGAAUCUGAAGCCGAUGGAAAAAAUUGUGAAAAAGUUUAACAAUUUCUUAACAAUUUAGAAAAGAAAGAAGUUAAAAAUUAAACUUUAGCAUAAAAACUUAAAAGUUAAUUAUCCAACUUAGAAAGAUUAGAUUUACUAGUUAAAUUGAGUUUAGAAGAAGCCAAUGAUAAACUGUAAUUAUAUACUAUAUAAAUUAUAGAUCUAAAAUUAGGACAUAAGAAAACAAAUUAAAAAGAACCUUAAAUAAGAUUGAUCAUUACGAACAAGAACAUUAAAUAUAAAUGUUACUUUUGUAUGAAGAUGUUUUCUGA